GGGGUUAAUCUUUUCGGGAACAUGAGUAUGAGCUAUAGAUUUGGCUGAAGAGAUAAAGGCAACAGGGAAAGACCCUGACAAUUCGGAUAUUUGGAUAUCAUCUCGCACGAGUGGACGUGGUGGUGAUGAUGAUAUGACUGAUGACAUUUCGGGAUUUAGCCGCACCGAUGGACGGUUAGAGAUGUCGGGGACUGAUGACCACAACCCAUUGAUGAUCGGGUCUCGUGUCCUUCUGAUCUCUCGUGGGUUGGAAAAACGUGUUGUUGGUGAUACCAUUGACAUAGUGAGGGUGUUUGUCACGCCUGCUACUAUUCCGGAGGUUGCACUCAUUCUGCGGAUGACAUCAGGAGCACAAACACUCUCUGAGGUUGUCCACGUCGAGCCAAUCAACUGGACAUUAAAGGAUCUCGUUCGUCACCCGUAACUACUGUGUACGUUCAAUUUGACGUUGCGUAGGGCGUGGUUGCGUGGCAUGUGAUUCUAUGAUGAUUAACUUUUGUUUGUGGAUUGAUGCUGACCUCCUUUCCAUUGGUUGAACUUGCAUUUUCUACUUUCUUUUGUGUGUUUGUUUUUAU